AAGGAUUUUUACGACGGAUAAAAGAUCAGACCACUUAGAGGGGUCAAAAUGAACUCAUGUGUUUUUCUGUUGGUUUUGGUGGCUGGAGUCGUUUCCACCAAAACGUUUUACCCCGAAAUCUCCAUUACUGGAGAAUCUGGAUUAAGAUUGGGUCUCGUGGAUGAGGAUGGAAUAUCACACGUUAUUUUCACACUUCGGUCAAAGGACGGAGAGAGAAAAUAUGUCGUCGAAGCUAAAAAUGAUGAUGAUAUAUGGGAGUACGUUGAUCUCGAUUCCAACUCACAAACAGGAGAAUUAGUAGAGUAUAAGACCUCUGUACUUUUCCAUGACGAGUGGGUUGACAGCAAAUGGAACAAAGUUGUUCUGAUUCCCCGUGGUCUAAUGGUACCAAGGAAAAGUAAGAGAUCAUACACAGUAUUCCGAGAUGAUUUUAACUCAUUCAACAGGGGGUCAUACCACGUAGAUGUCACGGCCUGGGGAGGAGGGAACGGAGAAUUCCAAGUGUAUACACCGGAACAUAACAAUCUGCAUGCUGAGAAUGGUUAUUUAUAUAUGAAGCCGACCCUGACUACUGAUCAUCCCUCAUUCGAUAAUAACAAACUUUAUCAUGGUCGCAUGGACUUGAACGAGUUAUAUCAUACCUGUACAAAUGGUGCCAACUAUGGUUGUUCAAAGACAUCUAAUGGACAUGAAAUCCUUCCACCUAUCAUGUCUGGAAAAGUAACUUCACACGCAUGCGUGAAAUAUGGACGGGUCAACGUACGUGCGCGUAUUCCAAAAGGAGAUUGGUUAUGGCCAGCUAUUUGGUUACUGUCUUGCAACAAACAUUACGGAUCAUGGCCCAGAUCGGGUGAGAUCGACAUUAUGGAAUCAAGAGGAAACCUGAGGGCUGUAGAACAUGGCUCGGAUCACGGAGUUAGUUAUGUUGCUUCCACUCUUCACUGGGGUCCUGAUGCAUCUCAUAAUGCAUACUACCUCACUCAUAAAGGAAAACAUGCGCCGAGUGGUAGAGACUGGCAUGAUUGGCAUACAUACUCCCUCGAGUGGACAGAUCAUCAUAUCAUAACUUACGUUGAUGAUCAAGAAAUCAUGCACAUUACAACUCCUGCACAAGGAUUCUGGAAUUGGGCACAUUUUCAAGGUCACAAUAUAUGGGGAAAUUCCCAUAACGCACCUUUUGAUCACUCGUUCCAUCUGAUUCUGAAUGUUGCUGUGGGAGGAGGCUUUUUCAGUGACAGCGCCCAAUACAAUACCGCUAAACCCUGGCAUAAAGGUUCUUCUCACCCAAUGAGGGACUUCUGGGAACACAGGGGCGACUGGCUACCCACGUGGCACGGAGAUGACGUCGCCAUGUUGAUCGAUUAUGUUGAAAUGAUUCAAUACUAAAUUGAUUGCCUAAUCUUUGUGUUACAAUACAUGUAUAUCUAUUUUUUAAAUUUUUAUUUAGACUUAAUAAAGGUAUAAAGUUAG